CGCAAACACUUCAGCAUGUGGUUGCACACAGUGUGCACUACAUCGGCGCUCGAGGAUCGCCUAUUGCCCUUGAACCCACGGAGCUUCCCUAUCGUAACCGGCGUGAGGCCGGCUGCUGUGAACCCGCUUAUCUUUCGCAACCGUGGUGGCACAUUGGACGUGGCAAUUUCGUCUGCUGAUCGCCUCCGAGUGGCCUUGCCAAUAGUACGCUCGUGUGUAACCGUUGCGCUCUGUCGCAUAAGAUGAAUCCGGACAGUGCCGUUGUGCGUGUUGUGGUUUGUAACAACAACUUCCGACUGUUUCCUUGACUGUACGGUCGUUUUGCGUUCGCUGGUUUCCUCUGCCGUCGGCAUUACGGGUCGCAUUUACAUCAAACUAACUUCGCUAUGACCUGGAGAAAAUUGCUAUGUUGCAAUGCGUAAAAGAAACUUCUUUUUAUUUGUUUCACUUGCAUUUUUAACAUGGGGAGGCAUAACGUACCUUCUUUUCCUUCAGCGGCCAUUGACAGGGAAGGUUUUCCGCCCUGGGAAGGUUCAAGCUCAGUUAGAUCUAUUAGAGCAAGAGCUCGCCGAACAAGGUCGUGCAAAUGCAAAGCUCCUUGGCAGCUUGCGAGAGCUAAAAGAAAAGCUUCUGCAGGCCCAGAAUGAGAGCCAUGGCCAGCCCACCAAGGACAGUCCGGUCAUCGCUGUCCUGCUCUUUGCGUGCAACAGGGUCACGGUGAAGCGCCCCAUUGACCAGCUGCUGCAGUACCGGCCUUCCAAGAAGCAGUUCCCCAUCAUAGUGAGCCAAGAUUGCAACCAUGCCCUGACCUCCAAAGCAAUUCAAGACUAUGGUGACCAACUCACUCUUAUUAAGCAACCUGACCAAAGUGACAUUCCAUUAGUGGGCAAGGAGAAGAAAUUUAAAGGCUACUACAAGAUAGCACGGCACUAUGGCUGGGCACUCAACAAGACUUUCUUUGAAUUCAAUUAUGACACGGUACUCAUUGUUGAAGAUGAUUUGGAGCUGUCUGUAGACUUCUUUGAAUACUUCCUAGCAUUGCACCCAAUUCUGAAGAGUGACCCAACACUCUUUUGUGUCUCAGCGUGGAAUGACAAUGGCAAAGCAGGACUUGUAGCAGAUGACCCAGAGUUGCUUCACCGGUCCGACUUUUUCCCUGGCCUUGGGUGGAUGAUGACCAAGGAUAUGUGGGUUGAGAUGAGCCACAGGUGGCCCAAAGCGUUUUGGGAUGACUGGAUUCGGCAACCUGAACAGAGGAAGGACAGAGCCUGUAUUCGACCAGAAGUUUCGCGUACCAAGACUUUUGGCAAAAUUGGAGUCAGCAAUGGGCUUUUUUAUGAAAAACACCUCAAAUUUAUCCAACUCAACAAAAAGUUUGUGCCUUUUACGAGCAGAGAUCUCAGCUACCUGAAAAAGGAUAACUACGAUGUAGCUUUUGUGAAGGAGGUGUACGGCUCACCACUGGUCACGGUGAGCCAGGUUCUCAAGGGCAGCUUGGAGACUAAAGGGGCAAUUCGCAUCACCUACACCUCCAAGGAGCAAUUCAAGAGUAUUGCAAAGAAGCUCUCCAUCAUGGACGACUUCAAGUCUGGUGUACCAAGAACUGGUUAUCGUGGGGUGGUCUCUCUCCUCUACAAGGGUCGUCGAGUGUAUUUGGCACCUCCAGCGGACUGGAAAGGCUACAACAAGUCGUGGUCUUAGCACCGAGCUCAACUCCUCCAAGUGUGCAGCAGUUUGUACGUGUGUGGGAUGAAGCAGCCAUGCCAAGCUCUCCAGUACCUCUCCUCUCCUGCGACAUCUCACCAUUUGCAUCGCAGCAUUGUUAUUCCACAUCACCCCAUCACAUUCUUUCCCAUUCUUGUUUCUUCUGUGCAUCACAGCAUCUGUUCCAUGCUGCUUGCAGCAUUAUUGUUCAGUUUCUUGUGCGUGCAAGUGCCUAGGAUAGGAUGGGCGGGAAAAAAAAGGUGAAGGGAGAGGGUGGCGACUGUUUUUUGUGCCUGUGACAUCAUUUUACCUCUGAACAUCCCCUUUGUUGCUCCUACGCCAGUGAUAAGCUUCUGCCUUGCAAACUUCGCUUGAUAAGUUUUUUUAUUUUAUUUAUUUGAUGGCCACUGUGCAAUGAUCUUGUUUUCGCCUGCCGUGUGCUCCCAGUUCAUUCCUCUCAUGCACCUGAAACAACAGUGGUCGUGUCAUGUAAGGCAGGACUGAAGCAAGUAUACCUAACUGUGAUUUCUUGAUCAUAUAUAUAUAUAUAAUGUUCACAAAUGAAAAAAUACUAAUUUGGGUGUGCAAGCGUGAGUGGUCAACACCUUUCCAACCCAGUCCAUUCAAGAUGUCUGUGUGUUCUGGGUCAGGCUUAAUGGGUGGCAGCUCUGGUACAGGAGUUUGGGUUUGAAUGUUCACUUCACAUACAUUAUGCAUGCAUCACUGAAAUGAUGCAGUGGAUGAGGUAUGUUUUGCUUUUGGUGGCGGUGCAGCCAUGUCAUAGUUAAAAAACUGCUGCUCUUGCAGACCUUAGAGACCGCAUCAGAGACCCCCCCACAUGAUGGGGAAAACAACUGCAUGCCACGUUGAAGUUGAGGCACUUGCUCACCACGUCUGUUCCCUCUCCAGUGGUCUCGCACUGCAGAUUGUUUCAAAAGUGAAUGGCAUUGCUCUGUUCACAGCGGCUGCAUUUUUAUUUCCUUUGGUCUGUCCCAAGGGGUUGUAUAUUUCUUGUACAUAUGCUGCAUUAUAAUGAACUCCUUUACUGAGGUUUAAGUGAACGGUUACGAUGACUGAUGUUUUAAAAGCUCUGUACAGCUGUCAUGUUUGCUUUUCUUACGUAACCAGAUUGGAGUUGUUUUGACACUGGACAAGUGCAUCUUCAAGGUGAUUGUGGUGAAUGGCAGGUUGUUGAUAGUGGGAUGACGUGCAUGUUCAGUGUUCUCAUGAAUGUCCUUCUGGCGUUUCCUUUUGCAAGCGUUCAGUGUGUGCAGGCUUUUGCUCGGAUGACAGACCAUUUCUUUAUAAUGAAGCUUUGCAUUACGUGGAAUACGUUUUAUGUAACUGGAUGAGCCAUGCCCUGCAGCCGCAUGAUGCGUUGUUGCCUGUAAUAUAUAUAUAAAAGCAAGACUGUUAGCAAAUAAAUAUUUAUAACUGCACAGCCA